GGAACCAACAGCCCCUCGCAGACAGCGUGGUGCGCGCCACGCCUCGUGGGGGUGGCUGUGUGGUGUCGGCGGCGGGGGGCUUUUGUGCGCUUUUCUGUACCUAGCGCCCCAGAAGACAGAAGGCGCCGUGGCAGCUUUUGCCAGCCCUGCCCCCAGGCCCAGGGCGCCCGCUUUGACCACUGGAGAUGAGGAGGAUCCUGGGCGACAAUGAGAGACCUGUCUGUAACCAGAUCUGCGAGCCUACCACUGGCCUGGUUUUGCCGCGGGUUUCCGGGGUCCACGGGACUCCUAAACCCCGGGUACUCUUGCCAGACCCCAGGAGGCCGGAAAAUGACCACCCGAUAUCCGAGGCUCAGCCGAACUGAGCCCGCCGGCUCCUUGGCUCCACUCAGCGCCGCGCCCUUGGGGCGAGUGAGUCCAGGGCAUUCGGCGCAGAGUGAGUGGAGGGGAGAGGGAGGCGGAGGAAGGUUGGGAGGGAAAGAGGGGGUGUGUGUUGGGGGGAGGGGGCGGUGCGGUCGCCUUUCCUGGGAGGAGAAGCGCGGGUUCCUGGCUCUCCGCGCGCUCUGCUUUAAUCAGACCGGUGCAGCCUCGAGCUGGAGUGGCCAGCUGGGCCUGGAGCAAUGCUAGCGGGCCCCAGGGAGCGGCGGCGGCGGCGCGGCGGCCGAGUGAGUGAGUUCGCCCGGAGGGCCCCAGACCCGAUCCCAGGGAUGUGGCAGAGAGGAUCCAGGCCGGGGAGGUGCGGCCAAGGAGAGCGCUGGGCUAGGCACACGACUCUCGAGAGGACAGCGCUCUGCUGGCCGCCUCUGGUGCCACCCCCCCGCCCUCCCCGGCAGUGCGCGACUUCGCGCUCCCAGGCCGCGGCCGGGCUCCAGAGUCGCCCAAGCUGAGCGCUGGACCGGGUGACGGCGGCUAGGGGAAGCAGUUCCCCUGUCCCGGCGUGGGGGGCGGGCGGAGGGUGGGGACAGUAGUGGGGGGAGGGCGGCUGCGACGAGCGGUUGGUGGGUUUCUGGGAAGUUAGGCGCGCCGGGGAGGCGGGAGGCCGAAGAGCCACGGGCCGCUGAGGUUCCGGCGCGGGCGCUGCAGCCCAUUGUGCGCUCCGCACGGCGCGCUCUGUUGCAGAGGAGCCCCGGCCGGGAAGUGUGGACGCGUUUCUCCCGAGGCCCGGCCGCCUCGCCCGCUCUAGUCCAGCGGAGCCGGAGCGCCUCGGACCAAUCCCCGGUGAUUAUGCAAGACAGCGGACCAAUCAGCUCCGCCAGCUCAUGAAUAUUUAUGACCUUGGCUGAGUCAAAGCUUUGAAGCGAGUUUGGGGAGCUCGGCAGCAUCAUGCUUAGACUUUUCAAAGAGACAAACUCCAUUUUCUUAUGAAUGGAAAGUGAAAACCCCUGUUCCGCUUAAAUUGGGUUCCUUCCUGUCCUGAGAAACACAGAGACCCCCAAAAGGGAAGCAGAGGAGAGAGAGAGACCCACACCCAGACCCCGCGAGAAGAGAUGACCAUGACCACCAUGCCAGAAAGUCUCAACAGCCCCGUGUCGGGCAAGGCGGUGUUUAUGGAGUUUGGGCCACCCAACCAGCAAAUGUCUCCUUCUCCCAUGUCCCACGGGCACUACUCCAUGCACUGUUUACACUCGGCGGGCCAUUCGCAGCCCGACGGCGCCUACAGCUCGGCCUCGUCUUUCUCCCGACCGCUGGGCUACCCCUACGUCAACUCGGUCAGCAGCCACGCGUCCAGCCCCUACAUCAGUUCGGUGCAGUCCUACCCGGGCAGCGCCAGCCUCGCCCAGAGCCGCCUGGAGGACCCAGGGGCUGACUCGGAGAAGAGCACGGUGGUGGAAGGCGGUGAAGUGCGCUUCAAUGGCAAGGGGAAAAAGAUCCGCAAACCCAGGACGAUUUAUUCCAGUUUGCAGUUGCAGGCUUUGAACCGGAGGUUCCAGCAAACUCAGUACCUAGCUCUGCCCGAGAGGGCGGAGCUCGCGGCCUCCUUGGGACUCACGCAGACGCAGGUCAAGAUCUGGUUCCAGAACAAGCGUUCCAAGUUCAAGAAACUGAUGAAGCAGGGCGGGGCGGCUCUGGAGGGUAGCGCGCUGGCCAACGGACGGGCACUGUCUGCCGGCUCCCCGCCAGUGCCGCCCGGUUGGAACCCCAACUCGUCAUCUGGGAAGGGCUCGGGCGGCAGCGCGGGUUCCUACAUCCCCAGCUACACGUCAUGGUACCCCUCGGCGCACCAAGAAGCUAUGCAGCAACCCCAACUCAUGUGAGGUUGCCCGCCCGCACCCUCCCGCCUCCUUCCCGUCUCCCCCCGGCCCGGGCCCCUCCCGCCUCCCGGUCCAUCCACCCUGUCCGCAAGCCCUGGGCCUGCAGAAAGGCCCAGGGCCAAAGAAGAAGGAACAGCGAAGGCAGGACGCCCGCCACUUCCUUGGAGCCCCGCGCGGUCUGCACCGGCGACUUCCUGGCGCCCACGCCCACGCCCUCGCCCCCGCCCCGGCCUACGCCGCGCCGUGACAGCAGACAGCGGCCUCCGAGCGCAGGCACAAGCUCCCGAGACAGCCAGAGCAGCAAGAUGAGCCAGCUGGACCCGAUUCGUCGACCUUCAGCUGUGUGGGACUAUCAGGAAAAAGAAAAAAAAAAAAACACCCACAAAAAACAAAAAACAAUAUAGAAAAAGCAAAAGCUUUUUUUUUUUUUUCUGUUCUGUCUGUCUCUUGUCUCCUUUUGCUCUGUAUCUGUUUGCUGACGAAGUCGAGGUCCUCGUCUGUCCGCUGUCCUCAUUCUGCGGCCUCUGAAAAAAGUCACCAGGUCGGAAGAGGCUCGGGCCGGCAGGCCGCCCACUUCGGGGUGCUGGGACGUUUGGUCCUUUCGGACCUUCUCCUGGGCCUGCCUAACCAUCUGUGUAGCUCGCUCCGGAAUUGGGGGAAAUUGGAGGGAGGGGGUUUUAUUUAUUGAGAAAUGGACUUCUUCUGAGGGUGAACGUUGGCCAAUUCGCAGUUCUGUGGAGCGCAAGGAGCGCCUGGUCCAAGAGUACCCAUGACUUCAAAUGCACCCGGAAAAACGAAUAGGGAGGACCUGGUGAUUUUUAACUUAUACAGUAACUUUUGUACUUCACUGGUAUGGAGAAGUUGGAACUUAAUGCUUUGCAUUUUUACAUGUUCCGUAUUAUUUUUAAAAGAAAAAAAUAGAGAAAUGAAGCCAACACAAUUUCCUCAACUCGGGAAAAACACUUGGUCGCUUUGCCUGGACAAGAAGGAAGAUCCUAAUUCCCUCCUUGGGGAGAUCGAGAGAGGACCGAUGGGCAGUGAAGAAAAAAAACCAGGCAGGCAUAUACGAGUGCCCUAAAGCCAAUGAGCUUUAAAGAAAGACAAAAGCAGCACUAAUCCCCAGAGGCUUGACCACAGAAAAACGCCAGGUAGCGCCCUGGACGCCCAGGCUCCAAUGCAGGAUCUAAUCGCUGUACAUAUUAUUAUUGUUGUUAAUUAUUAUUGUUAUUAUUAUUGUUCCGUAAACAUGUUGCACAAGCUUAGCUUUUUUUCUGUUCUGUUGUGUGUGGCUGUAAAAUCUGAUGCUUUGUGAAAUGAGAAUCUUGACAUUUUACUUGUGAAAUUUGGAAAAUGUGAUCAAUUGAAAUCAACCGUGUUUUGUGUUCUCUAUGUCAAAGUUUAGUUUUAUAUUGAGAAUGUUAACUUAUUGCUUUGUAUCUUGGGAAAAAAAGAACUUUGUAAAUAAGUUAUAAAGUUUCUUUGAGACAGUAAAAUUAUGGUUUCGAGAAA